UUCUGCAUUGACAUUGGUUCUUUGAUGAGUUUACUUUCAUACUGCACUUGUCGUUUACCAUCAAGAAGGACUUGCAGAGGCCAUGGAUGGCAAUGAUACGCUGAAGCUGCUUUUGCCUGCAGCGGGUUUUGCAAUUGGCGUCUCCCUGCUUCUAUACUUUUGGCCAAGGCCACCAAAGGUCUUCUUGACUAGAAGCGAGCGCAAGCGUGCACAGGUCGCUGAUGUUGUUGAACUGUCACACGACACAAAGCGCAUACGAUUGUCCUUGGGCGGCAAGAGCACAAUUCUAGGGCUUCCAGUGGGCAAGCACAUUGUGGUCUACGGACCCAAUCCGCCGCAGUGUCUUUCAUCCGGCACUUGGAAUGGCAAGCCGGACCCUGACAAGGGAAAAGCUGAGAUUGACCGGAAGUACACACCGGUCACAGGCAAUGAGCAGCCAGGCUAUGUAGACUUAGUUGUAAAGAUCUAUAAGCCUGGCACUGUGAAGAUGCCGGAUGGUAAGGAAGUGAAAUGGGAUGAUGGUGGCAAAAUCGGGAUGUACUUGGACAGUCAGAAGCCGGGCGACUGGGUGGAGAUCAUGGGCCCUUUGGGGGUCAAUGAGUACCUUGGCCGCGGCACCUUCAAACUUCCCGGAAAGACUGUCACUGUGAAGCAUGUCGGCAUGCUGGCAGGUGGCACUGGGCUGACUCCAAUGUUGCAGGUAGUGCAGGCAGCCCUCCGAGAUAGCGGCGACAAGUGCAACUUCUAUUUGAUCUAUGCCAACAAAACAGAAGAUGACAUUCUCUGUCGCGACAUGUUAGACGACCUGGCGAAAAGCAGUGGAGGCCGCUUCAAGCUCUACUACACCCUAGAUUUUCCACCUGCGGAUUGGCAGCACAAGACGGGCUUUAUCACCGCUGACAUGAUCAAGGAAUGCCUGCCGCCUCCAUCACAAGACUCACUGGUACUAAUGUGUGGACCGCCGCCGAUGAUUGAAUUUGCGUGCAAGAAGAACCUGGAGGCCUUGGGCUUCAGCAAGCAGCAAAUGGUAGCCUUUUGAAGGCACGAAGGCUGGCUAUGACAUGCUAUUACGGCGCUGAUGCUGCCAGGCAGUAACCUACAAUCGACUGCUUGACUUCAAGUGUACAGUUUACGUAUAAAUGCACCGCUGUCCCACAGAAGGACAUGGUUUCAAACUGUCUCAACCAAAAAACCGAAGCCAAUCGCGAUCAUGCAGCCAAAAGAUGCGUCGUUUCAUUUUCAGAUGUGGUUGGCCUCAGCUGUUGAUUGUGCUGGAAGCUGUUUUUUGUAUUUUGAUCUUUGUUCAACAUCCAUGUGGGCUGCAAUGGCACAAAGUAGCAAACACAGUUUGGAAAACCCAACUGUUUCUACAUCGCUUGAAUAUGUCCCUGAGCCUGUGUUCCUUCAUUUUGUACAACGUUUGCCAAUCUUUCGUCACUCUUCUGAAGUGGAGGCCUUUUGAAAGUUGAUCAUAUUGAUAGGCAACGAUCUACGUCGUUAACAUCAAUAUUGCAUCAGGAAGUGAUAGUGCCAUUUUUGAGAGGCCAGGUCUCCAAACUGUUUUUUGCCAAACUGCGUAACUAAAGCAAGCUGUUACUAGGCUGCGGCUUCUCUCGGGUUUCCUUGGAGUUGCCAGAACGCAUAUGUACUUUGUUUUGUGCCGUUUUCAUUUUCUGCAACUUGAAAC